AUGGAAGGUGUUGUUCAGAAGAAGACUGUUCCGACAGGCCGGGGGGAGGGAAAGGCCGUUGCUGUUGCAGCUACCGAUCCUGUAGUGACCAAUUUGGUCUCCGCUGAGGCGGGAAUCUACGUCACCAAGGAAAACCAAGUCAUCCGGCUUUCGCGCAGUCGCCAGAAGGAGUUGCAUGUCCUCGUAAAGUUCGUUGUUUACGUCAUCGGAGCUGUUCAUUGGGAGGGCGUGGGCGCUGACGAUGGUGACGCAUUUGUUCCUGCAAAAAGGCAGCCAAAUUUUCAUGAGACGAUCAUUAUGGUCUGAGGCAGGCAGGACAGCAGUCUCACGAAGUCGUUCCUGAUGGCGAAAGUGACUUCGACGUCUCGUCACUCUGCCCUUAGACGUCCGCACCAAAAGAAGUAUCCGUUGUCCAUCUCCUCCAGUUGGCCCUUAAGGAAUGGGUCUCGCUGAGGGUUACAACGUCAGAAUUAGAGCGGGGCAGUUCGUGGGCGACCAGAACGACCCUACUUUGUGGACGGUUUACCACUGUGCUGUCUAAGAGGGAACGAACAUUCCGGAUUGUCAGAGUGGGCAAUGUCAUUUUGACGGGCUGUGGAGAAGGCGGUGGUUGUUGUUCCUUGUAGUGUUUCAACUCUAUUUUUUGUGCUCACAAGCCAGAGUCAGUUCGACGACGGUGUGUUUUACCAGCCUUUUUAAGGCCCCUCUUCUAAUCCUUCCUCCCGCAAGUUGGUAGGCAAUGCUGUAUCUAUUUGGGACCGCUGAGUCAUCCGAGGUGGCUGUCGAAUUUCACCAUGAGUGACGCUUGCUGUUUAGUGGGAAGACGGCCUGAAUCAGCCUGGGCCGCCUAGGGGAUUUCAUAUCGCCCUCCACGUAGGUCGCUUUUGUUUAGGGGCGCAGAGGAAGUGUGGGGAUUGAUUCGGCGAACACUGGGUGUGAAGACACACAUACAGGACACCAUUUAUGGUCAAGAACUUUUACCGGGGUGUGGCCGCUGUGGUGAGCAGCGCUUCGUAGAGUCACCGUUGAGAGCCGGGUGCCGGGACAGGGUGAUAUAAAGGUAUUUUCCAGGUGGAAGUUGUGACGGUGGGAGAUCACACCAAGUAUAUAUGUGAAGAGAGCAGACAACCUCCUUGGAAAGGCGGUUCCUUUCGUGUGGAGAAUAGCCUCUUAUGCAGUCUUGCAAUUGAGUUGUGCCUGCCAGAACGAGAUGUCUCACAUAAGUUUUUCCUAAGAGUUACGGACAUUGGUCGAGCAAAGACGCGUUCUUCUCGAAUAGAUUUACUUGCUGCCUAAUGCGCUUAGGCAGUCUUCACUAUGCUCCAGACAGCCUACAAAUUCAUUUUCGACAUCAUUUUUUCGGAAAAAAUUUUCAUUCGCACAAACUCAUUUAAUUUGUUUCAUCUGCCUUAUCUACAAAGCCCUGGUCUCCAGGAUUACCAUCGAAACGCCGAUGUAUGCACAACCAAACAGGCAACGUGCUUAUUUUCGUUAACUAUUGCAACCGAUACUUUGACCAAACUUCAAUAUCAAAUACUACUUGGACCUAACCUGACUCGCUUUCAACCACACAAAAUGGUUGUUUUCCAAAAUUCAGACGCUUCGCUCAUCUUUACUGUCAGAGUCUCGCGCCCAGAGUUGGCAAACCACGGGCACGUUGCUGCGACCGUCGCAUCGAUCAGGCCUCAGGGCUCCAGAUCGAUAACUCAAAUUCAAACACUAAACGGAUCGAUGCCUGUUGCCUUUGAAAGUAGUCCGCCUCUCAGUUUGCCAGAGGAUGCCUGCCCCGACGGAUCUGGUUCUUCGCGUACUCCUAGUGUGAGAGUGUACGAAGCAAAGCUUAGGGAGCAACCCCAGUCUAAGCCCUACAUGUCCUUGGUGAGUUCCCAAGUUUUCACCUGCUUCAUGCUCAUGAUGCACUAAAGGCACGUAGUCAUAAUUAAGCAGAUUUGUCACAUAUCGAGCUAGGGAUUCAAAUGCGGCAGUUUUGGUAAUACUAACGAAAAUAGUUGACCGAAUGAAACCGUCAAUAACUGAACAUUUCAAAACUUAGAUCCUCAGACCAUGCAUUGUUGCCUUUUUACGAGCGGUCGAGAGGGAUAGGCACGCGUUUAUUUAGAUGACAAAGUUAAACGCGCUAAUUAGGUGUACAACACUCGUAUGAUUGCUUGCAAGACAAACGCAAGAUCGUGUGGUAUUGGCUCAACUUGAAACACGUGCGGAAAGAUUCUGCCAAUGAAGCGCACGACGUGAUUGUUUCAGGGCAGAAGCUCUGACAUGAGUAGGAUGAUUCGCUUUUACAAGUGUAAGUCUGCUUCAAAACAGAUAACUAGGACAGGUAGCGAAAUUUCGGCUGGACAGUAUCAUAGUAGUCGAACCUUAAGGUUAAAUUUAACCGGUCACGUCGAUACUCACCAGCCUUAUGCCAGAAGUUCACGUCGAUGCUUCAUUCAGGAUCAGAUCUGGUUGUAUUGUGUAGAAACGGAAGUAGUACGGCACCAGGUUUCUGGGAUUCAUCACAAUUGCUGUUGGUCGACCUUCACCAGACGCUCUACUGUGGAGGGUCGACAGUUGACUGCCUCCGUAGUAAGAUUCUUGACCAAAUUAGCAUACCAACCAAAGUCUGUGCUGGUAUUCAUGCUUGCGCCCAAUUAAGAGCUAUUGUUGCCUAUUUAAAAGUACACAUAGGGAUUGGAAAGCUACAACAAAAAUAAAACAACCGUUAUCCGUUUGCGAGUCCUCGAGUACCUCUUUAUCGGUGAGUUCGUUCCCUUGGUCAGAAUCUUUGGCAGGAAAAACGUUGCAGCGUUUCCUCGCCAGAGGCCCUUCACCACGGAUUUUCCGGUUCUAGCUUAACUACAGAUGAUUACUUCACAACUGUGGGCGUAGCUGGUCCUCAGAGGUUGGAGUUACGUAAACAUCCGAAGGCAGCCACAUAUUUUCUCUCUGCAACGCUCCCACUCACGCUUAAGAGAUGAUGUGGAGCAAGUUGAUUGCGCAUUCAAAGAUUCGUUCGCACUUCCGUGAACAAGGACAUCAAGACGCGGUAGCUGGGUGCACUAAUCCGGUCUCGGCAGGACCAGGGAGGAAGAAAGUUGGAUUUCAUCUCGUCUGCUAAAGAUGACCACAUACCGUAGUCCAAUGCCAUGCAUACCUGACCAAUAGGAGAGAAGUAAGACGAAGUCAUAGUGCUGCUGCAUGCGUCUGCGUAAUGCACAAUGAGUCCUUUAGAGCCUUAAGGCAUCCAGAGCCUAGGUCAAGACUAAGUGCUCGACUAUCACACCCUGCAGCCUUCGGGCGUUCUGGAACUAUCAUGUUGUUAUAUGUAUCUGUCUUCUUUCAGGUAGUUUCCUACAGUGGAUGUGCAAGGGGAUGCAUCUAG